AUGCUUAAAUUUACACUCUACUUAAAUUUAUACUUUGGUAUUAUUGCCGCAUUUACAAAUCUGGAAACAAUACCAAAUAAUUAUUUAGAAACUUUCAAGUAUCAAAAUAAUGUCUAUUAUAAUACUAAAAAUUUAGAGUUAAGUGAUUUUGAAAAUUCAAAUAUUAACAUAAUACCCGUCAUUUUUGUUUACAAUUUAUUAAAACAUCCUUAUUUAAAUGAAACAUUAUAUAGAAUUGACAUUGAAUCAACAAAGAGAAUCCUUUUGGAUAAUGGAUAUACUAAUGAUCAAUUGUAUGAAAUAAUUAUAGAUGAGCGUUUUCCAAAUGAAUUUCUUUUAGGAUACACAGGUUGUAAAGAUGUAAUGAAAAUUAAUAAAUUAAUUUCAAUUUUAACUAAUGAGUUUGGCUAUGAUUCUGUUAACAUUGUAGUUGAUUCAUUAAGUGGAGUUUUAGUUGAUAGAGCAGUUUCAGGUGAAUACUUAGAAUCCUUUGGAGAAUCGUGUUAUCCUGGGGAACCUAUUUUAAAGAAGAUUAACUCAAUUAUAUCUUUUCCACUUUUGAAUCAUGGAUUAUUUACUUGUAAUAUUCCCCCAAGUUUUUUGUUUGAAAUUUAUAAUGAUAAGGUAUAUUUUAAAAUUUAA